AGCUGGGUGGGCGUGGCCUCCUCUACCAUACUGCUGAAGAUGUUCCACUCUUCUGGUUAUUUUAAGAAGACCCUGUGCCCCUUCCACGAGCAUGGACUGUGUCACAGGCCCCACUGUCAUUACAGCCACAAGCUACCCAGGCCCCAGCCUCCAGCAAAGUCUAAGAGGCCUUCGUUCCUCAAGCAGCAGCAACCGGCGGCCUCUAACUCGGUGGAGUCUGCUCCUUCUACAGUCUUGAACUUUGAUAUCUCGAAAAUUGACGACAAGGUGAUGUCCGAUGUUGCCAUGGCAAUGGGCCAUGCGGCCAACUUCUUUGGGUCGUCCAGUGGAAGUGCAAUACCUAUAAAUAAAGAGGAGGCAAAAGACGAAACAGAAGUGCCAAUUUAUGCCCCUGAGAAAUGUAUGAGUGCAGAGUCAUACAACCAAGCGUCCAAUGAAAAGCCUCCAUCAACUGUGGACUAUAGUAGUGUUUUGUCAUACCAACCACCAUUCGUUAAAGAGAAGCUAGACCCACCUAACCCACCUGUAGAUGUAACACCUAGCACUGGAGAUAGCUCUACUGCGAGGGAAGAGGAUAACUCCAUUGGUCCUUCCUCUGUGGUGGUGGGCAGUACCCGGGUAAUAACAGAGGCUGACGUGUUUGGUAGUCCUGUGGAUGAUGAACCUGAUGAACCUAGUGUAGACUCGGAGGUAACCAUGGAGACAGAAGACAGUCCCAGUAUGUUAUUACUUGAAGCAGAGUUCAAUAAGGUCACUGCGUUACCCACGGCAACAGCCAAGACUAAAGACCCUGCUCCUCCUCUCAAGAGAAAGGCUGAGGAUGAUCCUUAUGGCAGCUCACUUACAAAGAAAUGGAAAGCCCACGCCGACUCACAAGGAGUGAGAGAGGCAGCACGAGUGGCUCCCAGGCCCACCACCAUCAGGUCCAAUUUCUCAGAUAUGUUGUCAGGAACAGAGCUCUAUAUGGGCAAACAGAGGACAGCCAUCGCCAAGGAAACAAAAACUAAUGUGUCCAGGCCCAAGCUACCCCUCACUGUGAAUGCUCGUAUACCCACUAGUCUGAGGCAAAGGUUCCUCAACGCUUUUAUUGAUGAGCAUCUCAAGAUGACCUCUGACCCCGAGUUGGUGUACACAACAUGUCUAGAUGAUGAGAGGGCCUUGUUUGAGAAGAGCUCUAAGCGUAUGAUAUACAUGAACUAUGUGACCUCAGCCCUCAAGAAACUGCGUGAGAGAUCUCAAGCGUUCCUUCAAGAGCAAAGGACGAAGUCCGACGCUAGGGUCAAGAAACACUCACAGCAAAUGAAAGCCACACCUACCAGUGAUAAACUCUCGAAAGACAAUUCUGAAAAAACACAUUCUAAUAUUAAAAAAGAAAAGAAAGUUCUCAAGGUCAAAGAUAAAAUCACUGAUAAAGGCAAGAAACAAGAUUGGAAAGAAUUUGAAGCAGAAUUACAAAACUCUUUUUUCACUGAAGAAAUGAAAACUUUCUCAAAACAAUUUGAUGAAAAAACAUUGUCUAAGAAAGUACCACCAAAACCGCCAGCAGUUAUUAGUCCGAGUGCAUCCAAGUUUUAUUCAAAACCUUCACCAAUUUCCAGUUCAGUAAAGAUGCCAAAACCAGCAGUCAAUCUUGAGGUGGAUUUGUUUGGAGAGAGCAGCAGCGAGGAUGAGACCACACCCAUUAUACCGGGCGUCAUAAUGAUCAGUGAUGACUCGGAACCAGGAGUGUCGUUUGAAUCAGCUCUGAGCAAAAAAUCAAAAUCAAAAAUCCCUAAAAAAUGUGUCAAACGAAGAAAUUCGAGCAGUAGCCGAGUAGAGGUUAUCAAAAAGGAAAGAAAGACCAGUAGCACGUCCUCAGUGGAACCAAGAACAAUGCGUGUGAGUAGAAAUAGAUCUCAAGAUGGCAGCUCUAGUAAAGAUGCUCAUGUUAGAAGGAAGAGCUCAGUGACCUUGAUAAAGACGCCCGUUCUGAAACUAUCCCGUGUGCUACGUGUGUCCUCUAGUGAUAGUGGGGGGCGUGGCAGCCCUGAGCAUAAGCCCCCCCUCUCGCCAGUUGAUAAUGCUGUUCUGAAACUAUCUCGUGUGCUACGUAUGUCCUCUAGUGAUAGUGGGGGGUGUGGCAGCCCUGAAGAGACCAAGCAUAAGCCCCUCCCCUCUCCCAUCGUCCUCACCAAGCAUAAGCCCUCUCUCUCGCCAGUUGAUAAUGCCGUUUUUGAUGAAAUACAACCAGAGGAACAAGUGUGCCACACAGUCACAUCAUUGUCUCAACCUUUGUCGCCUCUCUUUGCUCCAUCCGGUCCCUACAUUAACCUCACAAAGCUAGCCACGGCUAAGAAACCACCCCCUGACAUUGCCUCCAUUGCUAGGGCUAUGGGGAAGAGACCAGUGGUUCCACGGAAAGCCAUGCCCACUAGGGCUGGGUCUGUCACUGUUGUCAAGAAAAAGGAAAUACCUUUCACACCUGCUGUGUUCUACAAGUACAUGACACGCUACCUUCUCUCAGAGGAACAACUAACAGACAACGGCUAUCCUCGUCCCACACAGGAAGUGGGUGUGGUCUCAAUCAACCGUGGUGAUACCAAACCCCCUGUUAUCGAGCGUGUGGGGCAGAAUGCUCAGAGACAUUCAUGCUGUCGCUGUGGCAAACCAUUUGUGAUAUACAAUGAUGGCAAGUACCAGACAGUAGCAGAGUGCUCUUAUCAUUAUGGCCGCCUCAUCAAGAGGAAAGAGUAUGGUGAAGGUAUGAUUUCAGCGUACACUUGUUGCCAGGGACGACGGGAUUCGGAUGCGUGUCAGUUAGCAAAGUUGCAUGUUACGGCUGGAGAACUGCCGACUCGUGAGUCUGGCUACGUCACCACGGCUACCGGGUCGCUAAGCAACCCGUGUGUGUAUGCAGUGGACUGUGAGAUGAGCUAUACAACAACUGGUCUGCAACUCACGCGAGUGUCCGUGGUGAACCUUGACCUGGAGGUGGUGUACGAGAGUCUGGUGAUCCCCAGCCAUCCCAUAGUGGACUACAAUACAAGGUUCAGUGGUGUAAAGGCGGAGGACUUUGUGUCAGUGACCACCACUCUGAGUGAUGUCCAGGAGCAGCUGCUCUCACUGGUGGGCAGGGACACCAUCCUAGUGGGGCACAGUCUGGAGAGCGACCUCAGAUCCCUCAAAGUGAUACAUGACAGAGUGGUGGACACAGCUCUGGUGUUCCCUCACAAGAAGGGCCUCCCUUACAAGCGUUCACUCAAAGCUCUCAUGACAGAGCAUCUUAUGAAGUUCAUACAGAAUGAAAUUGACGGAGGUCACGAUAGCUUGGAGGACUCGAGGUCAUGCAUGGAGCUGAUGGUGUGGAAGGUCAAAGGUGAUCUCAAGAGAGAUGCUCCGCGGAGAGUCAGUAACUCUUAACUGUGUUUAUUAUUUAUUGUUUUGUCUGUUAAUUUUAUUGUUAUGCAUUGUUGGGUGGUGAGGAAAAUUCCUAUUUUUUGUGAAUAAUUAUUAUCAUGGAAUGUUAUGAAUCUCAUUAUA